GACGAGAAAGCAGAACCCGAAUCAACUAAGAACGCCGAGGUGGAAGUAGGAGAAGAGGAGGAGGUGAAAGGUGAUGUGGAGGAGCUGGAGGAGGAGGACGAAGACGAUGAUGAUGAGGAAGUGGAGGAGGAGGAGGAAGGAGGAGAAGAGGUGAACAGUGAUGAGCCCGUUCUGGACUUGAACCGACUGCACCGCGACGUGGAUUUAAGUGAGCCGGUUCCGAGUCGUCAUGAUUGGAGUUUUGCGCCUCCGUUACCGCAACCUCAGCAAGACGAGGCCAGUUCGCUGCGUUCUAGCGCAACGUUUGCGGCCGGACAUCGCGCGUUCGAGGCCGCACAGGCGGUGAGUGAAGCAGCUGCAGCCACUCCAUCCGAUCAGCUGCCACUGUCAGGACGCACCCACAUAUCGGUCAUCGAGCACCAUCAUGCUAAGCAGAUUCACACGCUGAAGAAAAGACUGAAACGAUACGAGGAGGGAUUCGAACGGGAGUUUGGAUAUAAACCGUCGUCGGCUGAUAAGAUGGCCAACCCUGACACCAAGAAGAUGUGCCUCUCCCUCUCCAAACUCAGGCGAGAGCUCAAACAACUGAAGUCAGAGUCGACACUGUGCCAGUCAUCUUCGAUGUCGCAACUGCUGUUUCUGGCGUCAGGCGACCGAGUCAGUGUCGCGUCAGCUGCGUCAGCCACCAAGGUCAUCAACGAGGAUGUUGUGCAUGAUGUCGAAAAGGUUAGCCAAUGAAAAAUAUAUAUAUUU